AUGGCGAAUCAAACUGGAAAUUUUACUAUAAAACAAACUUACAGUGGGGAAAUUUAUGUUUACGCUAUCAUCAGCGCUAUUACUUUUCUUACCAAUACUAUCAUGUUCUGCUUUAUUGUCUUUGAGCGUAAAAUGCAUAUCAAGUCUAAUUGGAUUUUGGCUAGUAUGUUUUGCACUGGUAUUAUUUACGCUUUGGCUUAUUUAUUGCCCCGUUGGGUUAUGUUUGUGCCGUGGGAUCUACUUGAUAGCUACGCUUGCCAAAUUUUGCCUUUGUUAGGCUCUGCUUUAAUUAUAAAUUUUAACUUGCAUUUGGUAUUAGUUAGCUUAGAUCGUUACUGCUGUAUUUUAUUUCCCUUUCAAUAUAAUAUGCCUCAAGCUUCAGUCAUUACUCGAUGGGCAAUUUUUGCUGUAUGGUUAAUCAGCUUCGCCUCGGCUUCCAUACCACUGUUCACAUUUUUAGUUCCAAUACCUGGCAUGUGCAUCAUUCAGCUUAAUAGCCGCUCUUUUCAUAUUUAUACCCUCAGUGCUUAUAUUGCACUUUUUUACGUGCCGAUAUUUAUUUUAGGACUUGCUCACUCUAGAAUCCUUUGGAUUGUUAGUAUUCAUACCAAGCGCCGCCAUGAAAUUUUUGCAGUCAAUAACUCUAUUCCCGCAUCUGUUUUACGGCGCAAUCUGCGUGCUAUUGCUUACAUGGCGAUUUUAAUUGGACUCUUUUUGAUAUUUUGGCUACCAUCUAUGAUCUACUAUGCUAUCCUCUUCCCAACAAUACAUUUAGAUAAUAAAAAUAUGGUCCUAUCUUUAGAUAAAGUCUCGAUUAAAAUAAUUCAUUAA